AAAAACAAAAAAGAUUGAUCAAAAUCAGUCUUCUUCUUCUAUCUCUCAUUUUCGAUUUUUUUUUUGUUAUCUUCUUCUUCUGGAUAUUAUUACGUUUGGGACUCAAGAAGAAUCGAAUCUUGAUUGCUUCUCUCUCUCUCUCUAUCUCUAUCUCUCUCUACACAACAAUGGCUGCUUUCACUUGUACUUCCCGUCCGCCGAUUUCAAUCCGGUCAGAGAUGAGAAUCGCUUCCUCGCCGACGGGUUCCUUCUCUACUCGACAGAUGUUCUCUGUGUUACCUGAAUCCUGCGGAUUGAGGACUCGCGUUUCUCUCUCUUCGGUUUCGAAGAAUUCUAGGGUUUCCCGAUUACGACGAGGCGUUAUCUGCGAAGCCCAGGAAACUGCUACAGGGAUUCCAGUGGUCAACGAUUCAACAUGGGAGUCUCUGGUUCUCAAGGCUGAUGAGCCUGUGUUUGUCGACUUUUGGGCUCCAUGGUGUGGACCUUGCAAAAUGAUUGAUCCCAUUGUCAACGAAUUGGCACAACAGUAUGCAGGGAAGUUCAAGUUCUACAAACUUAACACUGAUGAUUCUCCUUCAACCCCUAGCCAGUAUGGUGUUAGAAGCAUCCCAACUAUCAUGAUCUUUGUCAAGGGUGAGAAGAAGGAUACAAUCAUCGGUGCAGUGUCUAAAUCCAUUUUAGCAACCAGCAUCGACAAAUUCUUGUAAUGAAGUCUAGUAGUCAUUGUUAAAGGUCUCUCUUUUCUCUGUAUCUCUCAAGUCUGAACCUUUUACCUAUCUACUCCCCCACUCAUCACUGUUCAUCUAGACUUGUAUAAUAAUAUAUGAUGUCUCAGAUUUUCAGAAAUUGAGUUUACGAAAAUAUUUUAUGUGAUU